AUGCCCGCUAUGUGGCUCUCAGACAAUCAGAAGAUCGGGGUGAUCUUCUGUUCUGCAGGGGGCCUGUUUCUGUUCGGAGGUGUUCUGAUGUUCUUUGAUCGCUCGCUGUAUGUGUCCUCUUCCUAUUCUUUCGCAGGCAUCUUAUUCCUCAUCGGCUUGACAUUGAUCAUCGGUCUCCAAAGGACAUUCGCAUUCUUCUCGCGACGCCAGAAACUCAAGGGCACCGCUGCCUUCGCGGCGGGCAUCCUCCUGAUUCUAUUCCGCUGGCCACUGACCGGGUUUCUGAUCGAGCUAUACGGCCUUUUUAUCCUCUUCGGCGACUUCCUUGUCACCAUCGGACAGUUUGCCGGCAACAUCCCCGUGGUGGGCCCUUAUAUCAGAACGGCGCUGGAGACACUGGCCGGUGGACGAUCGAACGCAGAACUGCCGGUCUGA